CUGAUUAUCCGCCCCGCAGAACGCACGGUCGCAAGCCCUAGGUACCAGCCGCACCACGACAAUUUUUGAAUUCCGCUUCGGGAUAUCGAAGUGAAGAGCCACAACCACGUCGCCCAACGCCGGACCUCGAAUCAGCACCGACAUUCUGCUGAUCGCCCUUGACCGUGGCCGGGAGAGAUUGAUUGAUCGGGAAACCAUCAACCGACAAGAUGCCUACCGAAGCUGGUCAUAGAUUAUACGUCAAGGGUCGCCACCUGAGCUAUCAGCGUGGCCGCCACAACACCCACCCCAGGACCAGCCUGAUCAAGAUCGAGGGCGUCGAUGACACUGCCGCAGCCAACUUCUACUUGGGCAAGAGGGUUGCAUAUGUCUACCGGGGUCAGAAGGAGGUGCGUGGCACCAAGAUCCGCGUCAUCUGGGGCAAGGUGACGAGACCACAUGGCAACUCUGGCGUUGUCCGGGCGAAGUUUACAAACCCCCUUCCUGCGAGAUCUUUCGGCGCCUCGGUUCGCAUUAUGCUCUACCCCUCCUCGAUUUAA